UGUGCCCUCAUCGCCUGCUCCUGGUACGCCCACCGCGUCAUCGCAGACUUCUACGACGCCACCAUCCCCACAAACCUCAAGUACGAGCUGGGCCCGGCGCUGUUCGUGGGUUGGGGCGGCGCGGCGCUGCUGCUGCUCGGCGGGUCGGCGCUGCUCUUCUCGUGUCGGAGCGGAAGCGAAACGGCCCGAUACCCCCGGGUGAAGGCGGCGCCCAGGAAAACCGGAAGCGGAAGUGCCACCGACUACGUCUGAGAGCGCCGCGCACACGCCGGACGGCGCGCCAAUCGGAUCGCAGAACGGGCUUUUAGCCACGCCCCUUUUUUAUCCGCACGCCUUUAGCCCCGCCCCUCUCGGCCAAAACCGGAAGUGCCGCCAAAUACGUCUGAAAGACCCCCGCAAACAAAACCGCCCUCCAAUCGGAUCGCAGAACCGCCCUUCAGCCCCGCCCCCUUUUAGCCUCCACCCAUUAUAAACACUCCCCGCUCGACCGGAACCGGAAGUGCCUGAGCGGGCCCUUCGGCAGGACACGCCUCCACAGCCCCCGAGCCACCAAUCGCACCGCGGACCCCGCCUUCA